AUGGGUUCGAAGAAUGAUGUCGAACUUGGCACAGCCCCUGCGAACCAAGUCGAAUUCUCCAUACCAAAGGACGGUGACAAUGCAGCAGCAAAAGUGCUAGAGAGUGAUCAACUCGGUUUCACGGAGGAAGAGAGCAAUGCAGUCCUUCGAAAAAUCGAUCUGAGAAUUCUGCCUCUCGCGGCAGUGGCUUGUGGAUUGCAGUACGUGGAUAAGGCCGGUCUGGGAUCCGCAGCUACGUACGGUUUACGCGAAGACCUUGGUUUGGUCGCCCAGGAGUAUUCCUGGUGUGUUUCAAUCUUCUUCUUCGGCGCCCUGCUUGGCUCUGCCCUUGUAGGCCGAGUCCUCCAAUACUUCCAUGUCGGCAAGGUUCUCGCUGUGGCAUACUUUUGUUGGGGUAUAACCUUACUUGGUUGCAUUGGCGCCAAAGGCUUUGCUACUCUGGCCGCUAUGAGAUUCCUCCUAGGAUUAUUUGAAUCUGUGCUGGUGCCUGGCCUCUUGAUGAUCACGACGAUGUGGUACACUCACCGGGAACAGCCUUCUCGCCUCGGAGUCUGGACUGUGCUCAAUGGGGCGCUGCCUAUUCCUUUCCUGAUGGUCUUUUAUGGCCUGGGCAAGGUGGAAUCUGGUCCACUAUCAUCAUGGCAGCUGAUCUUCCUUCUGCUGGGGCUUUGCAGCUGCCUUAUGGGUGUGGUACUGUGGUUCUUUAUGCCCGAUUCGCCAGAAGGUGUCAAGUGGCUGAAUGAAAGGGAGAAAGUGGUGGCAAUUGCGCGUAUUGCGAAAGACCAGACUGGAAUCAAGAACACAACCUUUAAGUGGCCACAAUUCCGGGAAGCCAUGCUGGACAUUCGUGUCUGGCUUAUUACAUUUUCAAUGUUCUUUGCCCAGGCAGCUGGAAGUGUGCAGACCAACUUCUUGGGUAUAAUCAUCAAGGGGUUCGGAUACACUGCUUUGAAAGCGCAAUUAUACUCAGCACCCGCUUACGCGCUUCAGGUCGCGGUCGUCCUCCUUGUCUCUUUUCCCCCUACUUACGUUCGCCAACUUCGAAACUACAAGCAGCCUCUCACCGCGUUUGCUACAUGCUUUGCGGUUGUUGGUUGUGCUAUCUUAUACGUCACACCGGCAGAAGAACAAUAUAAGCAACGCAGGUUUGCAGGUGUUACUAUGAUUGCAUUCGCGACUGCCAAUUACAACGUUAUCAUGUCUGUCAUUGGUGCGAAUAUUGGAGGCUUUACAAAGAAGGCUGUGACCACAUCCAUGACAUUCGUGGCGUACUGCGUCAUCAACAUCGUCUGCCCUCAGACAUUCCUUAACUCGGAAAGCCCCAGGUUCCACACGGGGCUCACAUUCGUCAUGAGCGUACUCAGUAUCUUCAUCUGCAUCAUGGGUACACAGUGGACUCUGAUGCAAGCCGAGAAUCGACGCCGGGACAAAAAGGCAUUGACCGACCCUGCAUAUGCAACUGGGGACAUGAGCGAAGAGAUCGUCUCUGGAUUACAGGACCAAACCGAUAAGGAAAACAAGCGCCAUAGAUACUCUCCGUAA